AUGGAUCAACAUUACCUGACACCUCCGACGUCGUAUCGACUGGCCGAUAUGGCCCAGAAUAUAUACGAGAUGCCGCUCAUUGCCUUGCAAACACCGCACGAUUCUCACCCUUCCCUAGGUCACCUAGUCCUCCUUGUUUUUGAGGCUGUUCUUGAAGUCGUCUGCGUGAGCUUACCGGGUUAUAUCAUUGCCCGGCUUGGCCACUUCGAUGCCGAUAAGCAAAAGUUCUUGGCAAACCUCAAUGUCAUGCUCUUUACUCCUUGUCUAAUCUUCACAAAGCUCGCCUCUCAGCUCAAUGCCGAUAAGCUGCUUGAUCUUGCCGUGAUUCCGAUCAUCUUUGUCAUUCAGACCCUUGUCUCAUGGCUUGUUGCUACCGUUGUAGCGCGUCUUUUCGGGUUCAACCGCCGCGCCUCGAACUUUGUCACUGCCAUGGGAGUUUUCGGUAACUCCAACUCCCUGCCUAUCUCCAUGGUCUUAUCACUCUCGCAGACGAUCAAGGGCCUGCACUGGGACAAGAUUCCUGGAGAUAACGAUGACGAGGUUGGCGCUCGUGGUAUCUUAUACCUGUUGAUCUUCCAGCAGCUCGGUCAGCUGGUGCGUUGGAGUUGGGGCUACCACGUCCUUCUCGCCCCGAAGGACAAGUAUCCUGAGUACCAGGAUGAGCGUGUCGAGGAGGGACAGUACCCCGGAGACAGAGAGACGGCUCCCCUCCUUAACCAGUAUGACGAUGAUGAUACUGCUGCCUCUCGUAGCGCCUCUAGCAGUGACCUGUCCAACUAUGAGCCCGCUGGUCGUACCCCGGUCGUCAGCAGAUCGAGGGCUUCGCCUGCCGAUACCGAGGACGAGGACGACAAUUAUACCCCCAAGAAGGCGGCGAAAACCAACAACCUGGCGCCCCUGAACGGCAAUCAUCCUGCUUUCAACGGAAGCGACGAUGAGAUUUCUUCAUUCCCCCGCAUUCGUAAUACGGAUGAACCUGACACUCCUGAGGGCGUCAAGGGCUACCAUGUUCGCAUGAAGAGGGCUGUCAACAAUGCCAUGGUCACAAGCAAGAAGUCGACUGCCAACUUUUUCAGCAGAAUUUACAACGCUCUCCCUGAUCCGGUCAAGAUUGUUCUUUCGGCCGUCGCCCGCUUCUCUGGAAAGUUCUACAACUUCCUUUGGGAAUUUAUGAAUCCUCCUCUGUGGGCUAUGCUUUCUGCUGUGGUCGUUGCUUCCGUUCCCGCGUUGCAGAAAAUCUUCUUCGAGGAGGGAUCUUUUAUCAAGAACAGUUUCACCGAUGCUGUUCAGUCGAGUGGUGGAGUCGCCGUUCCCCUAAUUUUGGUUGUGCUCGGAGCCAACUUGGCUCGUAACACCCAGAAGAGUGACAAGCUCAGGGACCCUGAGGAGGACCAGAUUGGCACGAAGCUCCUUGUUGCGUCGCUCAUGUGCCGUAUGCUCCUGCCUACUCUCAUCAUGACUCCUAUUCUAGCCAUUUUUGCCAAGUAUGUUCCGGUCAGCAUUUUGGACGAUCCGAUCUUCGUCAUUGUCUGCUUCCUCUUGACCGGAGCACCCAGUGCCCUUCAACUGGCUCAGAUCUGCCAAAUCAACGAAGUCUACGAGGGCGUCAUGUCCAGGAUCCUGUUCCAGAGCUAUGUUAUCUGGAUCCUUCCGUCAACGUUGGUGCUGGUCAUGUGCGCCUUGGAAGUGGUGGAAUGGGCUGCUUAA